GGUUUGUGUCUGUGUCUGGACUUCCAGUUCGACACCGUCGUUCGGGAUCGCCCGAUCAUUCUCAGCAAACUUCUUCUCCUGCACUUCCUGAAGAAAGACAUCCCUGCUCUGAGCUGGGAGUUUUUUGUCAACCGCUUUGAAACACUAUCUCUGGAGGCUCAGCUGCACCUGGAUUGCAACAAGGAGUUUCCCUUUCCCACAACCAUUACAGCUGUGCGGACCAAUGUGGCUAAUCUGAGCGAUGCAGCAAUGUGGAAGAUAAGAAGGGCUCGUUUUGCCAGAAAUCAGCAGAAAAGUGUUCGGUCACUGCGUGACAGCGUAAAGGAUGACUCCAAACGGGCUUUUUCCCUCCCAGAGUCACUAAGCAACCGACUUCGUGAGUAGAGCAAGACAGUUUGUCUAAGCCCAAAAGUUCACUGC